AUGCUCUCCGCAUUUACCGCCCAACCCCUUGUCGAGCUCCGCCCGCGAGACAAGUCGAAGAUCGAGUCUCUCUUAGCCUAUGGAGAUCGGCUACUUGUCGGGCUGAACACGGGAAGUUUGCGGAUAUACCGGGUGAACGAGAUCAACGACGACGAAGAUGGUCUUGAAGAUGCUGAGGACGCUGGCGAGCAUGUCGACGGUGGGACGCCGUCAACACCUGUGAAAGCGAAACCGACGGACUUGCUGAGGGAAGAAGAAAAUUUCGCGAGAUACAAAAUUGAACAGUUGGCGAUUAUUAAAGAGGCGAAUGUGUUGGUUUCGUUGUCGGGCGGAUAUGUCUCUCUUCACGACUGGCAGACGUAUCAGCUGCAGGAGCAGCUGGUGCGGACAAAGGGCGCCUCCACGUUUACUGUGACAUCGAAUAUUGUGAAAGACAAGAGCACUGGCGUUCCCUCGAUUGUGUCUCGGCUGGCCGUGGCGGUUAAGAGGAAGGUUAUGCUGUGGACGUGGCGAGAUAUGGAGCUCGAAGAGGAUACUGGCGAGAUUACACUAGUGAGUGGAAUAAAGACGCUCACUUGGGCGACGGGAACGAAGCUGUUAGCGGGAUUAAAUUCCAGUUAUCUGCUUGUGGAUAUCGAGUCAAAGAAACUUACAGAUAUCAUCGGACCGGGGAGUAUUGGCGGCUCUGGCGGUUCGGAACGCGGAGGCCUCGGUAUGACCAGUAUGAGCUACAUCGGCAUUGGAGGUGCGGCGCCAAAACCAUUGGCAACAAGACUCUCCGAAGGCGAAAUGCUGUUGGCAAAGGAUGUCAAUACUCAUUUUAUCGAUACCGACGGCAACUCUCUUGGCCGCGGACAGAUCCCAUGGAGCGCUGCUCCAGAGGCUGUCGGGUAUUCUUAUCCCUAUCUGCUUACACUCCAAGAUCCUUCAAAUGGGACACUAGAAGUGCGCAACCCCGAAACUCUAUAUCUUCUUCAGUCGAUCUCGCUACCGUCAGCGAGCAUAAUGCAUAUCCCUCAGCCUAAUAUCAGCCUUGCUCACGCCGGAAAAGGAUUUCUUGUUGCCGGUGAGCGCAUAAUUUGGCGAAUGAACGCCCUAGAUUACGAUUCGCAAAUUGAAUCGCUCGUCGAAGAAGGUCAUUUUGACGAGGCUAUAAGCUUACUUGGGAUGCUUGAAGAUGCUUUGUUGACGGACAAACUUGGCCGUUUGCGAGAAGUUAAACUACAAAAGGCCCAGGACCUAUUCGAUAACCGAAAGUAUCGUGCUUCUCUAGACUUAUUUACGGAAGUGUCUGCGCCCCCUGAGCUUGUCAUUCGCUUGUAUCCAAAGAUAAUUGCUGGCGAUUUGUCUACCGUGGUAGAAGAUGAAUAUCAGUCAGAAUCAGAGGGAAAUGCCGAGGAAUCGUCAGAUAGAGCAAACGGAAGUAAACCUAAUGGUGUUGUUGCGAUCGCGGAAGAUAAGAAUAAGGGAAAAGGCGUCGGUUACACACCUUCAGUCAGGUCUCUGCUAAAAUAUAAAACUGAAGAUGGUGCAAGCGAAACUAGCAGCGUUUGGGGAGUGUCCGGGGAUAAAGAUAGCAACGGAGCAGACAAACCUCUGCAAGGGAAAGACCUUAAAGCGGCCGUAUAUGAACUACAAGGAUUUCUCGCGGACAUUCGCAGGAGACUUCAGAGGUUCCUCAACCCGGAUGGUAGCGUCAAAGUAUCAGACCUGUGCGUAAACGGCGAAUCCGAUGAAUUCAGCAAAUCCGUGAUAAGCAUUCUUGGAAUCUCCGAAAACGACGAAGAUGUGGAUAUUGGGAAAAGAUUGAGAGAAACCGCCUCUCUCGUCGAUACAACACUUUUCCGAGCACAUAUGUACGCGACGCCAUCCCUCGCAGGCUCCCUCUUCCGAAUAGCCAAUUUCUGUGAUCCAGACGUGGUUAUGGAAAAGCUGGAGGAAACAGGCAGAUAUAACGAACUUAUCGACUUUCUCUUUGGCAAGAAGCUACACCGUCCCGCCCUUGAGCAUCUCCAAAAAUUCGGCCAAGCUGAAAAGGAAGAAAAGAGCGCACCACAGCUCCUGGGGCCCAAACGGACAAUUACCUAUUUGCAGAAUUUACCAUCAGAAAUGGUUAACCUGAUACUUGAGUUUGCGGAGUGGCCGCUUCGAACUGAUCCAGGGCUCGGAAUGGAAAUAUUUCUGGCGGAUACAGAAAAUGCCGAGACUCUACCGAGGGAUAAGGUGUUAGAUUUCUUACAGGGCAUUGAUCCAAAGCUUGCAAUUAGGUAUCUUGAGCAUGUCAUCGAGGAGUUGAAUGAUAUGACGCCAGAUUUGCAUUAUCGACUGCUACUGCUAUAUCUGGAGAGGUUGAAGAAUGGGAAAGAGGGCGAAGAAGCGGCGGAAUUUCAGGAUGAAGAGGAGCGGGGUGAUUGCAAAGGGAAGUUUCUGGAUAUGUUGAAGUCCAGCUCUCAGUAUUCGCCAGCAAAGAUGCUUGACCGACUUCCUAGGGAUGAUCCCGAGUUUUUUGAAGCUAGGGCAAUUGUAUUCAGCAAAAUGGGUCAGCAUAGGCAAGCCUUGGAAAUUUACGUUUUCAGAUUGAAUCAUCCACAGAAGGCAGAAAGCUACUGCAAUCAAAUAUACCUGGCUAAAGAUACCCAUGCCAACGUCCCAGAUAAAUUGCAUAAAGUUUCUCCCACAGAUCACGAUGAAAACCACCCGUCGAUAUAUCAUACCCUCCUCUCACUCUAUCUAUCCCCGCCACAUGGAUAUAAGCCUCAGUACGGGCCGGCAGUCGAAAUCCUUGCCAAACAUGGCUCCCGCCUUCCCGCAAGCUCCACAUUAGAUUUAAUACCGGAAAGCUUUCCUAUUCAUGAACUUGAAUUUUACUUCCGUGGGAGAAUACGCGCGGAGAAUUCCGUGGUGAACGAGAGCAGGAUUGUCGCGGCUUUGAGAAAAGUGCAAAGUAUCAAUUCCGAGGCUGACCUGUUAAUCGGCGAUGGACUUCUGGGAGGAAACAGAGGGAGGAAUCGAUUCGUAACAGUGACAGAGGAGAGAAUGUGCGGUGUCUGUCACAAGCGGUUGGGUGGCAGCGUCAUCAGCGUCUUUCCAGACAAUACGGUCGUACAUCUCGGUUGCGUUAAUAGACGAAGCCCCGGCGUUUAA